AUGGCAGAACAGAAUCUACCUCUCUUGAUUUUCCAGACCAUCGUGGGAUGCCUAGGCAUCUGUGGUAAUGGUUUAGUGUGUAUUGUGAUCAUCAAAGUCCAUUUCAUGCACACUAUCACCAAUGCUUUCAUCUUCAACCAAGCCCUGAUUGAUUUCCUUGGAUCCCUUGUGCUUCUUCUAAGCAGUGUAAUACCCAUCCCAGAUCCAUUCCCUCCUGGGGCUGGAGGGGCACUCAUCUGUAGGUUAUGGGUGUCAGAGUUCUUUCUUUGGGGAUUUUUUGUCACCUCUACAUUUAACCUGAUGGCAGUCACUCUUGAAAGAUACCUAGCUAUAGUGUUCCCCUUCAAAUACCAACAGCUUGCAACUCGUAGGAAUGUCAUUCUGACUAUUGCUUGUGUUUGGAUCUCUGGAUUUCUGUUUGCUUUGCAACCCAUGUUUAGAGUACAAAUUAAGAAUGGUGAAUGCAAGCAAAAGAUGAUUCAAUACUCUGAGAUUUUUGGCAUUGCUAUUGCAAUCGCCUCAUACUUUCUGCCAUACACUGUCAUGCUGGUUGUCUACAUCCACAUCACACUUGUCUUGAAGAAAGGAGCAGCAAGACUUGGUCCUGCACCAGCAGUUCAGCCAUCUGGGAGUGGAGGUGGAGCUGUCAAUGACCAGAGAGAGUCCUUAAUGAGAGCUAGACGUAACACCUUCAAGACCCUUCUGAUUGUCUUUAUCGUCUUCACUGUUUGCUGGACACCAAACACAGUCAUCUUUUUCCUCUUCAAUCUGGGUGUGAACAUUAACUUGAAUUCACCAGUGCAUACGAUCACAGUUGCAAUGGUUGCCGCAAAUGGGUGUCUCAAUCCAUUCAUUUAUGCCAUUAAGUACAAACAGUUCAGAAAGGCACUCAAGACAUUGUUUGGCCGACAAAACCAGAUUCCUGAGAACUCACUUGCAACACUUACUACCAAUCCUGGAUAA